AACAAAAUGGACUCUAGAAAUUUAGGAACAGGAAUAAUGUUCUUGAUACAGAAUAUUGUUGGAAUUCUGGGAAAUGUCUCUCUUCUUUCCUACUAUCUAGUUAUAUAUAAAGAGAAACACAAAGUAAAGACCUUGGAUUUGAUUCUCAUCCAUCUGAUCAUGGUUAACAUCUUGAUUAUUCUCUCUAAAGGAAUGGGCAACACAAUGAUAACUUUUGGGUUGAAACAUUUCUUCAAUGAUUGGAGCUACCAAAUUUUUAUGUAUGUUCAAAGAGUUUUCAGAAGCAUGUCCAUUGCCACAAUCUGUCUCUUGAGUGUCUUCCAGGCCAUCAUCAUCAGCCCUAGAAACUCUUGUUGGAAGAAUCUUAGAGCCAACUCUCCCAAGGACAUUGGUCUCUGCAUUUCUCUCUGCUGGUUAUUGUACAUAAUGGUAAAUGUUCUGUUUCCUUUGUAUAUGUCCAUAAAAUUAAGAAAGAAAAACAGAACAAAAGAGACAGGUUUUGAACUGUAUACUGUUGUAGGUCAUGACAGAGUAACAGUCUCUUUAUAUACAGCUUUCUUUGUGUUUCCUGAACUUCUAUUUUCUGUCCUGAUCACCUGGUCUAGCAUCUCAAUGAUUGUCUUUUUGUAUAGGCAUAAACAGAAAGUUCAACACAUCCGAAGCGCUUGUGCUUUCCACAGUAACUCUCCUGAGUCCAGAGCCACCCAGAACAUCCUUGUCCUUGUGUUUACCUUUUUGGCUUUUUAUACCCUCUCUACCAUCUCACAUGGUUGCAGUGCUCUAUUGUCUCAUCAAAAUUGGUGGCCAAUGACAAUCACAAGCAUUAUAAGUUUGUGUUUUCCCACUUUAAGCCCCUUUGUACUUAUGAGUCAAUCCUCCCCUCUCUUCAGACACUGCAUUCUUUGGAUAAAGGGUUCAGAGUCAUCUAAUGUUAUUAUAGACAUUUAA